UGCUAUUCACUCGCCAUCGAGAAGAUGUUGGGACUACAGGUGCCGAAGAGGGCUCAGUAUAUACGGGUCAUACCUGGUGGUGUGGCUCAAGACCUCCCGAUUGGUAUUAUGGAUGACAUCUACCGCUGGGCCGAACAGUUUCCCGAACGGGUGGAUGAAGUGGAGGACCUGUUGGUUGACAACCGUAUCUUUAAGGCCCGUACGGUCGGCGUCGGUGUUAUAUCAGCUGAAGACGCGCUGAAUUGGGGAAUGAGUGGUGUUAUGCUUCGCGGGUCGGGAAUCAAAUGGGAUUUACGCAAAACUCAGCCCUACGACAGUUACGAGGAUUUUGACUUCGAUGUACCCAUUGGUCUGAACGGCGAUUGUUAUGACAGACACCAUUGCCGUAUAGAAGAGAUGAGACAAUCGGUGAAUAUUAUACUCCAGUGUCUGAACCGUAUGCCCGCCGGAGAGGUCCGCAGCGAUGAUAACAAAGUGGUUCCUCCGACUCGUGCGGAAAUGAAGUCAUCGAUGGAAGCGUUGAUACAUCACUUCAAACUGUUUACAGAGGGCUAUAGUGUGCCCGCAGGCGCCACUUAUACGGCCAUUGAGGCUCCGAAGGGCGAGUUUGGUCUCUAUAUAGUGUCCGACGGCUCGUCCCGACCCUAUCGGUGCAAAAUCAAAGCGCCCGGAUUUGCCCACUUGUCCGCAAUCGACUACAUGAGCCGCGGUUUAUUUCUGGCCGACUUAGUGGCUAUUCUCGGCUCUUUGGAUAUAUGCGGACACACUUCGAUGGCAAACAUGUUGAAACUAUUAUGGCUGCCGACGGUAUCGGUGACCACCGGCGCCGUCUCCACGACCGCCAUCGCCAACACCAGCGGCCUAUUGGCGGCCAAACACGUGACCAACACGUGCUCUGUCGCGGCCAUGAGUUACGGCUCCAUUGGUGACGACCAGCGCUACCACAACCGCCGCCGCCAUACCAUCGCUACCCAUCUGGAGAGUCGUGUGUUGACAGCGGCCGCCAUCACUGCCGGCCAUCAGUACUCGCAGCGCCGCUCGAUGGCCAAGAAGUGGUUCCCCGACAAGCAAUACAUGGAUGACUUCGCCGGCGAUACCAUCGCCUAUAAGGACAGCAAAUGUCUGGUACCGGACGACUCGACCCGUUGGGAGGGCUGGGAAGACGUGCACAUGGACUCCCGACCCAUGGAGAGACACGUCCGCAAUGUUGUGCUCAACUUUGGUCCGGCACAUCCGGCCGCACACGGAGUCCUGCGGCUGAUACUGGAGUUGAAGGGGGAGAUCGUGUUGAGGGCCGACCCGCACAUCGGUCUCCUCCAUAGGGCCACUGAGAAGCUAAUGGAGUACAAGACGUACACUCAGGCCCUGCCAUACAUGGAUCGGUUGGACUACGUGUCGAUGAUGUGUAACGAACAGUGCUAUUCACUCGCCAUCGAGAAGAUGUUGGGACUACAGGUGCCGAAGAGGGCUCAGUAUAUACGGGUCAUGUUUGCGGAGAUUAGCCGUUUAUUGAAUCAUUUGCUUGGCAUCGGCUGCUCUAUCCUAGAUCUCGGGGGUCUUACGCCAUACUUCUGGCUCUUUGAGGAGAGAGAGAAAUUAAUGGAGUUUUACGAGAGAGUGAGCGGCGCUCGUAUGCACGCGGCGUACGUCAGGCCGGGCGGUGUGUCUCAAGACCUGCCAAUCGGUAUUUUGGACGACAUCUACCGUUGGGCCGAACAGUUUCCCGAACGGAUUGACGAAGUGAUGGAUCUCGUGGUCGAUAACCGUAUCUUUAAGGCCCGUACCGUUGAUAUCGGUGUGAUAUCGGCUGAAGACGCGCUGAAUUGGGGAAUGAGUGGUGUUAUGCUUCGCGGGUCGGGAAUCAAAUGGGAUUUACGCAAAACCCAGCCCUACGACAGUUACGAGGACUUUGACUUUGAUAUACCCAUUGGUCUGAACGGCGAUUGUUAUGACCGAUUCUUGUGCCGUUUUGAAGAGAUGAGACAAUCGGUAAACAUUAUACACCAGUGUCUGAACCGUAUGCCCGCCGGAGAGGUCCGCACCGAUGAUAACAAAGUGGUUCCUCCGACUCGUGCGGAAAUGAAGUCAUCGAUGGAAGCGUUGAUACAUCACUUCAAACUG